AUGAAACUAACGUUUAUUUUAACAUGCAUCGCAAUUUUGCUAACCAACCAAGUGCAAGGGAAGCUGAAAUAUGGCUCGUCGCCAUUGUUCGAAAACAUAUUCCUAUCGUCCGAGUUCGAUCAGAAAAAAUUGGCUGCGGAGUCAGAAUCGAUUAACUGCUUCCCACCAGCAGAUCGGCGACACAGAUACGAAUGGGCUGGUGGAUUCAAUCAAAAUCACAUCCUAGAUGAGUUGGACAAGAACAACGAAGGUACGAACGAGGAUAGUGAUACCGAAAGUGACGUGUUUGGAGAAAAUCAUCUGAAUAAACGAAACGAUAAACACAGAGAAAUUUCGUCGGACUUGUAUUCUCAAUAUCCAUCAUCUUGCGCUUGUCAAACCAAGUAUGAACUGUUGGACCUGGGAUACACACAUUUUCCACGAUACAUAGUUAACGCCAUCUGCCAGAAUCGCAACGUCAACAGUCGGAAAUGCUGGCGCGGAUCCCGCUGUAAAGAAAUUCCAUACAAGGUGCGCGUUCUGACGAAACGUACAGAAGAUGAAUCUAGCGAACAUGACCACCAUUCCACGUUGCUGCCGGAGCCGUUGCGCGAUAUUUGGCGAUUUAAAACCGUAACCAUAGCAGCAGCUUGUCAGUGUUCUAUAUAAAUGUG